UUCCACUAAAUGAACUCACCGACAUCUUAUUUUCUUAUAUGUUCAAUGUAUGUUGUCGUAAAAGUUGAUAAACACUCAACCUGUUGCACCAUGAUUUGCUUAAUUGUCUGUUCGCUUUUUUGGAUUUACGUUAUUUCUAUGGAUAAGCACAAAUACAUAAUUGUAUGGCUUGUCGGACAAUAGUCUCAGCAUAUCAUAUCGCUUGGCAUGGUGACAAAACAUAUCUUCACAUCAUUCAGUGUAUUGUUCAUUCUGGUGGUUUACAGUGAUGUAGUUGAGAAUGCGGUAAUCAAAAGAAUGUUCAUGUCUAACGAAAUACCUGGAAACAUGCCGACAAUGUACAACAAUGAAGGCAUAAAUUACUAUCAACUACAGAAUAUCAUCUCAUCUGUACAGUCUCUUUUGCAAGACUACAUCCAGUGCAAGAUGAGUAGAGGACGUGAAUCUUACGGAUAUAUGGGUUACAAUCAAAUCGGAAGUUCAAGACCAUCAUACUAUGAACAAUACGCGGAUUAUCCAAUGUAUACGAACUAUCAGAGUACAGAUCAACCGUAUAGUAUACCUGAAUCGAUUGGCUCAACUGACAGUCCAUUCAUGUAUUAUCAAUAACUGUGAUUGAUGUAAUUUGUGUGUUGUGUUAGUAGAAUUAUUUCGUGAAUAAUAUUGUGAUGAUGAUGUCAAUUAGUUGAUAUUUCACAUAAAAUGUAUGUUGU